AUGCACCGUCAGCAGAAGGAUGACAUCAGUCGCUCCAUCUAUAACCGGUACGAGGCCGUCGGAAACCCGGAACGAAAAGAAGAUAAUUCUCGCAUUCGAUUUUCAUGGGAUUUGGAAACGGGGAAGUGGAUGGACAAAUCGACGUGGUUGAAGAUGAAGCGGCACUCAGGCUCUUGCCAGGUUACAGUGGAUGUCAAGGCCAAAGGGAACGAUGAAGUUACGAACUAUCAUACGAUGACAGAUGUGGAAAAGAGAGAGAGAAAUGGCAGGCAGGUGCAGUUAACGAAAAAAGACAGUAGCGCUGUGGGAACAGACUCGGAUUAUGUUAAACAGAGUCAUAAAGUUAUCGUUUUCGAUCUCGAAGAAAGUACCGUUGACCAAAGUUCAAACGAGGAGCAAAGGGGAGAGAAUGGCGAUGCUCCAGUAGCUAGCUCGGACAUCCAGCGACAGAGAAAAGGUGUGGAUUUAGGAGCGAAGUCUGUCCCGAAACAGGAACGAAUAGUUGCUCCAACAAGGUCACCUACACGGAGGAAAAGCUCACCCGAAGCCUCGACAAUGUUAUCCCCAGAGCUAGUUUCGAGAAUUGAUCCGAUCCUAAAACCUGAAGCAAUGGCAGAUACCACAUCGGAAAAUCGGAAUAAGGAAUCACAGGAGCCAAUAUUUGCCGAAGGACUGGCACCAGGAGCCAGAAUUUCUCUUGAAUCAACCCCAAAAGCAACGGAAUCGCCCCCAGGCGGUGGUAGUGGGACAUCCCUAGGAGCUAUUCAUGAUGUUAUUUACAUAGAACAGAAUGAGAGAGAGUCAGAAAAGGCACUGAUUAGCCGAGCAGCCAGGCAGGACAACCCCAUAGCACUGACGCUGGAAACGGAUAUCGAUCCCGAACGAUGGGUAAAGGUUCCAAGGCUACUAGAAGAAAAGGGUGAAAAUCUAAAUGAUCCAGCGGAAACCGCUCUAGCGGCAACCGGGGGUAAGAGGACAGCUCAGGGGGAAUGUCCAGCCACUAGGCCAAAACAGAAGUGGGAACGGCCGCCAGCCAAGGGUAAGAGUAGAAAGGUCAUAGUUCAAACUACGCCUGUUGAUGGCAGCUCCUGGAGCGUUAGGGAUUGA